ACAUAAAAGUGUGCGUCCAAGUAGAGGAAUAAGAGGUUAUGUUACCGAAAAGACAACGAAAGGACCUCUCUUUCUGAUGAUUCCUCCUCAUCUUUCUUUCUACUGUCAGUCUUCUGUUAUUGGGUAUUUGUUCUUUGUGUAGCGUGAAGAGGAGGCGGUAGUAGUAGUUGAGGUUUUUGUUCUUGGGUUGUUGAGAUUCGGAGUUUUGAUUGCCAAAAAUCGAGUCUUUGGUAUUGAUAUAUACGUCGAUUUGAGAAGUGGGUCAAGGGAUCGGUGGGCAGUAAUGGAGAAUUCGGCGGAGCAAUCGCCGCAGAAGGUUGAGGAGGAAGUGGGGAGAGUGGUCGAGCUGGCAAAGGAGCUCCAGGAUUCGGCGUCGACGUACAUAUCGAGGACUUUCAGCGAUGAGAAUUCUCUGCGGCAGCGUGCUCUCUCGCUCGAAUCUUCCGUCCGCCGCCUCCGCUCCCUCCUUGAUUCCCUCCUCUCCAACAAGCUAAUCGAUCCCAAGCUCGCUGAUAAGCUCGACGAUGAUUUGCAGAGAGCCAGGUGUCUUCUCCAUGAUGGUGAUGCCGCAACUUUUCUUCCUUCCAAGCCACAGGCUGCCUUUCUGAGAAUGUUUUUGGGUCCUAUCAAUGUGCGUGCCUCCCGCAAAGACGUCCAAUUGAAGGUCAAAGAGGAGUACAACAGUUACAGGGAUAGAACAGCGCUGCUGUUCCUUAUUUUUCCAGCAACUCUGCUGAUUCUGAGGUCUUGGAUCUGGAAUGGUUGCUUUCCCACAUUUCCAGUUCAGUUGUACCAGGCGUGGCUGUUGUUCCUCUACACUGGUUUGGCUUUGAGAGAGAACAUUUUGAGAGUUAAUGGAAGUGAUAUCCGUCUCUGGUGGAUAUACCAUCAUUAUUGUGCUAUGAUUAUGGCCCUUGUUAGCCUCACGUGGGAAAUUAAAGGACAGCCAAAUUGUGCCCAGAAACAGAAAGGAGUACAACUUUUUUUACAAUGGGCAAUGAUGCAAGGAGUUGCAAUGCUUCUACAGAACCGAUAUCAGCGCCAGAGGCUCUAUACCCGUAUCGCACUGGGAAAGGCCAAGAGAAUGGAUGUUGUUUGGGGUGAAACUGCUGGCGUGGAUGGCCAACUGUGGCUGUUGUGUCCUCUACUCUUCAUUUUGCAGGGUUUUGAGGCAUAUGUGGGAUUUUUGUUGCUGAAGACUGCAUUUGUUGGGGUAGUCUCUGAAUGGCAGGUAAUCUUUUGCGGAGUCCUUUUCGUUGUGAUGGCAGUUGGGAACUUCACAAACACAGUGGAAACUCUCAUGGCAAAAUCAAGGUUUAAGGCAAAGAUGAAAAGAAGUAAGAGCAAGCCGGAAUUGUAAUAGAGCCCUCUUAAUUGUUAGGGUUACUCUUUUUGGAGCUUCUUAGGAUGUCAAUACUUUUUCUUUUUCUUUUUUUCUGGAUCAUUAACGUGUAUGUUGAAACCUGGGGGAUAAUAGCUUCUUGGUAAGGUUUCAUUUUGGCAACCACUUUUUUUCCAUAUCAAUAUUGUAUGAACCUCUUGAGUGUUUUACCUGGAAAUGAACAGAAAGGAAGCUUGAAAUUAGUAGAGCUAUUCCGUUGUUCGGUCC